CGAACGACGACGGGUCGCGCACUACGAGUAGGGCGCUGGUCGGCUCCGAAACCCCCGAAGAAGAAGAAGAAGAGAAGAGGAAGAAGAAGAACAGAAUAAGAAAGAGGACGAGAAGCCGAAGAAGUAGCGGCGAGGAGGAAGAGAAGAGUGGCAGAAGAAGAAAUUCACGCGUCAACGACUAAUAAUUUUGUUUGAAACAAAUUAAAACGACUGGGGAUCCAGCCAUCGAGGCUGCAAGAAAAGCGAGGAAGAAACUUAUCUCUCGGCGCUAAAAACAAGGAACAAACUAUCUUCGAUAUCGUGAGUGAACCAAGCAGACAGGAUGUCUUCAGCGGUCGCUAAAGCUUCUAAAUACACGUACCGUUCCACCGGCGGUGGUACUGCCGAUGUUAGCAUCGAAUAUAGCGCCGACCUGAGCGCUCUCUCUAGACUGGAGGACAAAAUCCGCCUGCUGCAGGAUGACCUGGAGUCUGAGAGAGAGCUGCGUCAGAGGAUCGAACGUGAGCGCGCCGAUUUGAGCGUGCAAGUCAUCCAGCUAUCCGAACGUCUCGAAGAGGCGGAGGGUGGCGCCGAAUCUCAAUUCGAGAUCAACAAGAAGAGGGACACGGAACUGGCCAAAUUGCGCAAACUACUCGAAGAUGUUCAUCUCGAGAGCGAGGAAACCGCGCAUCUUCUGCGUAAAAAACACCAGGAAGUCGUUGUUGAUUUCCAAGAUCAGAUCGAUCAACUUUCGAAAGCACGUGCACGGGCUGAUAAGGAAAAAUCAAAGUUCCAACAAGAGGUAUAUGAACUCCUUGCUCAGCUUGACAAUGUCACCAAAGAAAAGCUGUUGUCGAUAAAGACUGUAGAAAAGCUCGAAGUACAUGUAGCUGAACUUAACGUGAAAAUUGAAGAAUUAAACCGUACCAUCAUCGACAUCACCAAUGUUAAAACCAGGAUCUCACAGGAAAAUAUUGAAUUGACGAAAGAAGUGCAAGAUUUGAAAGUUAACAUCGAGAACGCUGUCUACCUGAAAACUCAGAUCGCAGGUCAACUCGACGAUGCUCGUCGUCGUCUCGAGGAUGAGGAACGUCGUCGUUCAUUGGUCGAGGCCUCUUUACAUCAAGUUGAAUCGGAAUUGGAAUCUGUUCGUAUUCAAUUGGAAGAAGAAUCUGAGGCACGUUUGGACAUUGAACGUCAAUUGGUCAAAGCCAAUGGUGAAGUGCAAGUUUGGAGAUCUAAAUAUGAAACCGAAGCUAAUGCUCGUGCCGAAGAGGUAGAGGAGUUGCGUCGCAAGUACAGUGCUCGCAUUCAAGAACAGGAAGAGCAGAUUGAAACUCUACUCGUGAAGAUCAACAAUCUCGAGAAGCAAAAAUCUCGUCUCCAAUCUGAAGUAGAAGUGUUGAUCAUCGAUUUGGAAAAGGCAAAUGGAACAGCUCGCGAACUGCAGAAACGCGUGGAACAAUUAGAGAAGAUCAAUGUCGAACUCAAGGCUCGUUUGGAUGAAAGCAUGGCAAUGUAUGAACAAAGCCAACGUGAUCUCCGCAACAAACAACAGGAACUUCAGCGUUGCAACGCUGAACUCGACAAAACUCGCGAGUUGAAAGAUCAACUGGCUCGUGAAAACAAGAAAUUGGGAGAUGACUUGAACGAUGCUAAAAAUCAACUAUCUGACAUGAAUCGCAGACUGCACGAAUUGGAACUUGAACUCCGCCGAUUGGAGAACGAACGCGAAGAACUUGCUGCUGCCUAUAAAGAAGCCGAAGCAGGACGUAAAAUUGAAGAACAACGCUCGCAGAGAUUGUCUGCCGAAUUGACUCAACUUCGUCACGAUUAUGAACGUCGUCUGACUGAGAAAGAUGAAGAAAUCGAAAUCAUUCGCAAGCAGACAAGUAUCGAGAUCGAGCAGCUGAAUGCACGCGUGGUCGAGGCGGAGACGAAAUUGAAGACCGAGGUGCAGCGCGUGAAGAAGAAGUUACAGAUCCAGAUCACCGAAUUGGAACUGUCUCUGGACGUUGCGAACAAGAACAACAUCGAUUUGCAGAAGACCAUCAAGAAACAAUCGCUCACUUUGACCGAACUCCAAGCCCACUAUGAUGAAGUUCAACGCCAACUACAGGUUACUCUGGACCAAUUGGGUAUCAGUCAACGACGCUUGCAAUCAUUGACAGCCGAGCUCGAGGAAGUGCGCGGCAAUUACGAUUCUGCCCUCCGUGCAAAGAGAACCGUCGAGCAACAAUACGAGGAAUCGGUUAGCCGCAUCAAUGAGCUAACUACUAUAAACGCGAAUAUCGUCACAUCAAAAGCGAAACUUGAACAAGAGCUAUCUACCCUGGCUGGCGAUUACGAGGAAGUGACUAAGGAGCUGAGAGUGAGCGACGAGAGAUACCAACGGGUACAAACUGAACUGAAACAUACCGUUGAGAUUUUGCACGAGGAACAAGAGCGUAUCGUGAAGAUCGAGGCCAUUAAGAAAUCCCUCGAAAUCGAAGUGAAAAACCUAUCCGUGAGGUUGGAGGAAGUCGAAGCAAACGCUAUCGUUGGUGGUAAGCGUAUCAUCAGCAAACUCGAGGCUAGGAUUCGCGACUUGGAGCUAGAACUCGACGAAGAGAAGCGCCGACACUCCGAAACCGUAAAGAUUCUUCGCAAGAAAGAACGCAACAUCAAGGAGGUGAUGAUCCAAGUUGAAGAGGAUGCGAAAAAUAUUGCAUUGUUGCAAGAAUCGUUGGACAAAGCGUCCCAGAAAGUGAAUCUCUACAAGAGACAAUUGCAAGAGCAAGAGGGCAUGUCUCAACAGAGCGUGACCAGGGUCCGCCGAUUCCAAAGAGAAUUGGAAGCUGCUGAAGAUCGAGCUGACACAGCUGAGAGCAAUUUGACUCUAAUCCGUGCAAAACACCGCAGUUUCGUCACUACUUCCAGCGUGCCCGGUUCUCAGGUAUACCUCGUCCAGGAGACGAGGUCUGACCUGUAAAAACGCCACCACCAUCGACACUCCACCCUUCGCCACUUCGAAUGUCAUCUUGUCGUCUUUAGAAACGUGUAACGAGCAAACGAGGAAAAAAAGGAAGAGCCUCGAUAUAUCAUCAUGAAUUGGAAAGAUCGAGGAGAGUUUUCACGGGCCGCAUAGAGA